GAGUCAGGAAGAACUGAUCAUGUUCCAUGACCUUUUAAUUACGAUCAUAAAGAGCAGAACAGCACACCCCUAAGUACAAACUACAUCCCUAUAAGUGCGCAGGCCCUUUAAAUCCUUCCCACUCUCUGGCUGGUUGGCUCCUGCAGGAGCUCGAGCCAGUUCUUGUUCCUAGGAGACGGUGUAAUCAAAUGGCGGCCGCCGGUGGAGGCCGCGGCUCCUCCUCUCCCAAGGAGAACACGCUGGAAGUGAGUUGGGUUCAAGGAUUCCCAAACAAGAACUUUGGCUUUAUCAACAAUCAAACUGUCUGCUACCCCUGUGGCAAUUACAUCCUCUUCUUCAAUACUGAAACAAAGAAGACAACAGCACUGCACUGUCAGACUGGCCAGGUGGGAGCCUUUGCAGUGAACCCCAAGUAUGGAGUGCUGGCCUUUUCAGAUCGGAAGCUGAAUCCUGUCAUAUAUAUCUACAGUUUUCCAGAGCUGAAUAAACUGUCAGAGUUAAAAGGUCACGUUCAGUUGGACUACAGCUUACUUGCAUUUAGUUUCUUGGGCCCAUAUCUAGCCAGUUACUCUUCAUUUCCUGACUUUGUUCUUUCUUUAUGGAACUGGAAAGAAAACAUCCUCCUGUGCAGUGAGUCUCAGCCAGGGGUAACAGCAACCUCCAUAAGUUUUAAUCCUAUGAACUGGCAACAGCUGUGUUUUGUUACUGAGACCUCUGUUACUAUCUGGUGUAUUGAAAGGAAUCAUGACGAGCAUUGUUUUAUACGAAACCCUGUGAAACUCCCUGAUGGGAAAGGUUCUCUGGAUCAUCAUAAGAAUUUGUUUUUCCCAUAUUCUUGUGAUGAAAAUCCCUACCAUGGCCCCGUUAUGCCAGUUUCAGCCAUUGCUGGACUGGUAGGAGAUGAAGCAGAAACAUUCGUGCCUAGAACUGAUAUUAAGCCUUCAUUGCGUCCUACUGCCCACUGCUGGAAUACAGACUCUGACAUUUACCUGGGCUGUAAAGAAGGUUAUAUUUUGGAAGUUGAUACUAUGAAAUACACUGCUUCAAUUAUUCAACAAAAACCUCUGCCUGAACACCUGCUUAAAGUAUCAGACAUGCUGGACUACAUUCGUAGAGAAGCACAGAGAAAGAAAGGUGUCUUACCAAAGGCUCUGCAAAGAACAGUUGUGUUUACCAUGGCAUUUUGUAAUGAGGGGCUGUACACAGGUGGAAUAGAGGGUAUUUUAUACUUUUAUGACAUCAGUGAUCUCCAGUAUGAGAUGAAAAUCUGCGCUGACAUCUCAGAACCCAUAUCCACCCUUGUAUUCUCUCCUGAUUACACAGUACUUCUGAUUGUUACGGAUCAGGGGACAAUCUAUGCUUACAAACCUGCCCACGCUGGAGAAGCUGUCAAACUCUUGAAUGCAUUCAGCGGUUAUUUGCUGGCUGCUGAUUUUCUUGCUCCAGGGGACAAGUACUAUGUGUCCGUAACGAUUUCAGGUGAAAUACAGGUUUCUCUUCUGGAAAAUGGGACUUACUUCAGCAUGCUAAACCUUGAUACUGAGGCAACCGCUAUGGCUUGCUGUCCCUCUUCAAGCAGUGUUGCUGUAGGAACAGGAAGGGGUCAAAUCUAUUUUAUUGACAUUACCAAAGCUGAAGCUCCACGGGUUGUUCACAGGAUUUCUCUUUCCAAAUUUCCAGUACUGUCUUUGCAUUAUGAUCAGAGUGGCCAGUUCCUCAUCGUUACAGCUAUGGAAGGAUAUAUCUUUAUUCUAGAUGCUCGGCCUUCAAAAUUAUUCCAGGUUCUUGGAUAUGUAGUGUUGGCAGGUGAGGUGCUGAGUCUUUCACUAGUUUCUGACUUCAAGAACAACUUAAUUGAAGUGAUGGUGCUUCUUAGUGUAGCAGAGAACCAACCAACAAGGAUGGAAAUGUUUUGCCUGUCAUCAGCACUCAGGGAAGGUACUGAUAAGUAUGUUAAUGAUCAAGGAAUGCUAAAUUCUAGUGCCAUUGAAAAGAAGCAAUAUGAUCUGCAGUACCCUUUGAGUUCAGCAGUCAGACUGAAGGAUAACAUUGUAUAUGGCUACUGUACCUGUGCACCUUUCAUCUGUAGAUACAAUCUCUCUGAACAGAGUGUUUUGGAAGAUACACCAGUAUGUUUAUCAGAAAAGGUGAUUCCUAGCAAUCAGGUUGGAUCAGGAUUGGUCUGUUUGUCACCUAACAGCCGAAUGCUGGCAUCAGCAGCCAAGGAUGGUGUUCUGCUCAUCUAUGAUUCUUCUACUAUGGAAAUACUUGCUCAAAACUAUUGUCACUCAUACGAAGGAGGGGGAAUCAGAUCCAUUGUAUUUUCACUAGAUGGCAAAUUCAUCCUGGUUAAUGGUGAAAAUGAUGGUGCCCUGGUGUGUCUGAAAUGGAAGAAGAUAAACGAAAUUGAAGUUAAAGAAGCUGAUUCUCACUGGCGAUCUCUUCUUACUAUACUGAAAAAGUCUAUUUCGAACGAAAAUGCUGCUUUAAGUUGUAUGGCAGAAUGGCAGCCUGAGUCAGAAUCCACAUCGGAAUCGCUUCCAGAACAGAAAUCUGAGAAGUCACCACUUGAACCUUCCAGUGCAGCAGGGACAGAAGAUGGGAACUUUACAAGUCUGCAUUCAGACAGUACUAGUGAAAUGACUUGGUUAGGUCAGAAAAUAGCGAAGAUCAUUAGAGAAGAGACUGAGAGGUUUGGCGACCAGAAGAAAGAUCUUCAAAUGGGAAUUGAGAAGCUGCAUAAAACUAUUCAGAAAAUGAUGCAUGAAAAUGAACAGGUGCCAGAUAUUGAGAAACUGGAACAGCAUGAGUUCAACCUGGAUACGGAAGAGCAGGAAAAAGCACAAGCAGAGGCUGAGCAAGAAGUGGCCAGGGUAAGGGAGAAGAUUGAAAUGGAGAUUUUAGCUAACUGCUACUUGCAGGAUAUCAUCAGACACGAGUGCUGGGAUUCCAUGUGCGUAAAAGGACGGGCAGUUAAGUGUUUCCAUAUAGAUUGUGAAGUGAAGAAUUAUCCCCUGAAGAAACGUGAUGAAGAAGAGCUGAGAACGUUGGAGAAAGUUCUAAGCUUAAGGAAGAUUGAAACAACUAAUCUUAAGGUUCAGAAAAACGUUCCUGAGACUAAGCCUAAGACUGUAUUAUUUAAAGAAGAAGAGUGGACUGAAGAAGUCAUGGUUGAUGAUACUGCAUCUUGCCGCCUGGCUGGAAGUCUGAGUUCUCAGUAUGGUGCAGACACAUCUAUACUUUACCACCAAUUGGACUUGCACUCCAGGGAGCAGAAAGUCAAUCAGAUAGUAUUACUGAAGGACAUCAUUUACAAAGUGCAAACUGCUUUUAAUAAGGAAUUUGAUGUAGUUGCUCAACAAAAGGAGCAGGAGAUAGCACGAAUUAAAGAAAGAAACGUAAGGGUCCGAGAAAUCUUGGCACAGCUUGAACUCCAAGUGGAAGUGUGGGAGCCAGGUCUUACAGGUGAAGAGGAACCAGAGCAGGCGCUCACUGUUCAUGAUUCAGAGAUUAAAGCUGAAAAAUACUUGACUCCAGAAGAGAGAGAGAAAGCAGAAUUGCUGCUCAGACUUGAAAUGGAAAGACAGCUUGCUUCUCUGGACAAUGAAAGACAGCGUGCUCUUAAUGACAUGAUGGGUGGAGUGCUGGAAGUCAAGCAGGAAGAUAUCUUGAAAAUGGAUAUUCCUCCACCUUCUUUUUUAUCCAAGCCUGAAGAUGAAUGGAAUGAUCAUGAAAAGAAAAUAUUCAGAAAAUAUGAGGAAGAAGUCAAAGAGCUGAAUGAACAAAAAGAAAAGUAUAGAACGCAACUGAGAAAUGAAUUGGAGGAACUUGAAGCUUCCAUCCAGGAAAUAGCACAAAACUUUGAUAAGUCUGUAUGCAAACUCUUUGAAAGGAAAGUGGAUUUAGAGAAGGUCAUCUAUCAGGAAGAACUCAAAAUUGUCAAUCUCAUUUAUUCUUUACUGUUGGAUGAGGAGUUGGACAGUAGAGAAGCUGGACUUCAUCAUUUCCUGGUAAAGAAGCAGAAAGAGAAAGUCAAGAUUGCAGGAGCAGUGCAGACUACAAAAAAGAAAAUAGAGUUUUACACAGAACAGUAUUGUAAUGUAAUGGCUGAAGAUAAGAACCUGGAAUAUAGCUUUAGGAAGGAGUUUGCUGAUGUUCCUGCUAAUCUUCUUGAUGAACUUUCGGAACUUUACAAAUGUCGACCAGAGUCUGUAAUGACAGAAAUAAACCUGAACACUGCAAGCAAUCCUAGAAGUUGUUCAGUCUCAGCUGAAGAUUUCAAAGAUGCACUCACCCGUUUAAUGAGAGCCAUGGAUGAACUGGAUAAUCCUGAGCACAUGCCUAAUGGCUUAGACCCAUCCAUAUGGGAAAAAUUCUGUCUAGCUAGACGAAAUAAAUUGGAGAGUGAGCAGCAGGUGAAAUGGAUGGCUCAGAUUCUGGAAGAAAUUGAGUUCUUUCUCCGAAGAAGAAAGGGUGACGAUAUGGAGAUGACCUCAAAAGUAGAAAGAAUUUACCAGGAACUCACUUGGCUGCGGGAGGAGAAGAUAAAACUUCAACUGAACUUGACUUUCCAGUUUUUGCUAAAACAAGGACAGGUAGAAUUGGAAAGUAAUGGGAUCCCAGAUUAUGCUGAUGCCAUUUUCAUUAAGAGAAACGUUGUUGAAGAACUGAAUUGCGAUAUCAUGGAACAAGUAGAAAAAAAAAUCGCUAGCAUGGUGGAAUACAAAGAAUCCUCUAAGGGGAUAUUUAAACUCAAAUGGGAACACAAGAAAAUGAGUAUGCAAAUAGAAGAUCUGAAUCAGAAGGCUCAGGAUAUUGUGGCUUUACCUAUUACAAAAGAUCGCCAGCUAUUCCUAACCAUGCUGAACUACGAUAGCCACAUUGCCCACCGCAUCACAGCAAUGGAGGAGACUCUUGACGUCAUGGAUAAGCUGCACAAGAAGACUAUGAGGAAACAUCAGAAGAAAAUUAAAGAGUUGGAGAAGUGCAUCAGUUUAAAAGAGCAAGCAAACUAUGAGCUGAGCAUCAAGCUGAAGGAAAUGCUCGUGUCUGUUUCAGAGAGGAGGCAUCUCUCUCAGGCAGCUGACAUGCAGCAUAUUAAUGAAAGGAUUGCAAAGCGGCGUUACCAGGAGAUUCUGAAGCAGAAACAUCUACGAAGUCUCAUAGGAAAACAGGAAGAACACGUUGAAAUUCUUCAAGCAAAAGCUGAAAGAUUAAGAUCAAAAACAUUCCCUAUUCUUUAAAAUUCCCAAUCCUGGUAGAUGAAUUUGGACAUGCACCUUUUCUCUCUGGACUUGUCUUUCAGAAAAACAUUUUCUUCUGUUAACAUCUACUGCUGUUCUUCUAUUUCUUCUAAAAUAACAUCACAUUGAAAGAUACA